GCGCCUCGUCACUUCCCCUGCGCUAGUUGCCUUAGCAGCUCUCCGGGCGAACUCACUGAGCGCCGCGACCAGACUAUGACCCCAGGGGCGCUACUGUUGCUUCUAGGGGUUCUGGGGGUGCUGCUCGCCCCAGGCGCCUGCGGCUCGGAGACGGAGGGUCAACUCCGCGAGAAACUUUUCUCGGGCUAUGAUAGUUCUGUACGGCCGGCGCGCGAGUUGGGUGACAGCGUCAGAGUCAGCAUUGGUCUCACCCUAGCUCAACUCAUCAGCCUGAACGAAAAGGAUGAAGAGAUGAUCACAAAGGUGUACUUAGACCUGGAGUGGACUGACUACAGACUGAGCUGGGACCCUGCAGAGCACGAUGGCAUUGAUUUGCUUCGCAUCACGGCAGAGUCCGUGUGGCUACCUGACGUGGUGUUGAUGAACAACAAUGAUGGAAAUUUCGAUGUUGCUCUGGACAUUAACGUUGUGGUGUCGUCUGACGGCUCCGUCCGCUGGCAACCCCCUGGCAUCUAUCGCAGUAGCUGCAGUAUCCAGGUCACCUACUUCCCUUUUGACUGGCAGAACUGCACCAUGGUGUUUAGUUCCUACAGCUAUGACAGCUCAGAGGUCAGUCUGCAGACAGGCCUGGGUCCUGAUGGGCUGGAGCGGCAAGAAAUCUACAUUCAUGACCGGACAUUCAUUGAGAAUGGCCAAUGGGAGAUUAUCCACAAGCCCUCUCGGCUAAUCCAGCCUCCAGGGGAUCCUAGGGGAGGGAGGGAAGGACAACAUCAGGAAGUCACCUUCUACCUAAUCAUCCGCCGGAAGCCUCUCUUCUACCUGGUUAAUGUCAUUGCCCCAUGCAUCCUCAUUACUCUCUUGGCUAUCUUUGUCUUCUACUUGCCACCAGAUGCAGGAGAGAAGAUGGGGCUCUCCAUCUUUGCCCUGCUAACCCUUACUGUGUUCCUGCUGCUGCUGGCAGACAAAGUGCCUGAGACCUCCCUGUCAGUACCCAUCAUUAUUAAGUAUCUUAUGUUUACCAUGAUCCUCGUCACUUUCUCAGUCAUCCUUAGUGUUGUGGUACUCAACUUGCAUCACCGCUCACCCCACACCCACCAAAUGCCUCAUUGGGUCCGUCAGAUCUUCAUCCACAAGCUCCCUCUCUACCUGGGUCUGAAGAGGCCCAAACCUGAGAGAGACCAGCUGCCAGAGCCUUCUCACUCUUCUCCAGGAAGUGGCUGGGAUCGGGGUACUGAUGAAUAUUUUAUCCGGAAGCCGCCCAGUGAUUUUCUCUUCCCCAAACCCAACAGAUUCCAGCCUGAACUGUCUGCCCCGGACCUGCGGCGAUUUAUAGAUAGUCCAAACCGGGCUGUGGGCCUGCCUCCCGAGUUACGGGAGGUAGUUUCCUCGAUCAGCUACAUCGCUCGACAGCUGCAGGAACAGGAGGAUCAUGAUGCACUGAAGGAGGACUGGCAGUUUGUGGCCAUGGUAGUGGAUCGUCUCUUCUUGUGGACCUUCAUCAUCUUCACGAGCGUCGGGACCCUGGUCAUUUUCCUCGACGCAACGUACCACUUACCCCCUCCAGACCCCUUUCCUUGAGGACUGGAAGGCCGAGCCUCAGGUUCUCGGCCAGUUGAAAUGAGUCUUUUCAGGCCUUAUAACCCCCUUUGCUUCAACCUCUUCGCUAGAAAUUUCGUUUCUGAGGAGAGCACUGAAAUGGAACUGAGGGCCGGUCAGGGUGCCUUAGACCCACCUGAAAUGCUAUCAAUUUAUUACUCUUUGGAUUCUUGAGGAGGCUCCCUUGGAUAUCAAUGCCCAGGUCCCCAAUGAAGUAGAAUGAAGAGCACAAAUUAGAUUGUAAGCCUUAGGAGGGCAGGAAAUUUUUCUUGUUCAUUGUAAUAUUUCCAGCACCUCGUGCUGAUCUAUAGUAAAGGUUUAACAUUUGUUGAAUGAAGAGGGAAGAUUUUCUGGAAAGAAAUAACAUCAAUUAAUAGUUCCUACAUUUGCAUGUUGGGACCAGUCUUUUUUUUUUUUCCUUUGUUUUUACCUUCUGCAAUUGAAAAAAAAAAUUUUUUUUUCUAAAAAGCUAAGAAAAGAAAAAGUUUUAAAAACCUCUAUUCAACUUCUUGCUUUAACGCUCAAAUGAUUAAACUGCUCUGUAUCAUAGUUUCCACAUCUGUAAAAUGAAGCUAAUGAUAGUAUCUGCCCAUAGUAUAUACCAACAAUAUAUAUCAGAGUUUGCAA